AUGGCCGCGUCCACCCUGUCCGUCUGCUCCAGCGACCUGAGCUACGGCAGCCGCGUCUGCCUGCCCGGGGCCCCUGACUCCUGCCCCGGCUCCUCCUGGCAGGGGGGCGACUGCCCAGAGAGCUUCUGCGAGCCCCCCUGCUGCGCCCCCAGCUGCUGCGCCCCCGUGUGCUGCACCCCUGUGUGCUGCAAGCCCAUCUGCUGCACCCCUGUGUGCUGCAAGCCCGUCUGCUGCACCCCUGUGUGCUGCAAGCCCGUCUGCUGUGAGGACUCCCCCUGCACAACCUCCUCUUGCUGCACUUCCUCCCCCUGCCAGGGAGACUGCUGCAACCCUGUCUGCUGCACCCCUGUCUACUGCAAACCCGUCUGCUGCACCCCUGUGUGCUGUAAGCCCGUCUGCUGCACCCCUGUGUGCUGCAAGCCCGUCUGCUGCACCCCUGUCUGCUGCAAACCCGUCUGUUGUGAGGACUCCUCCUGCACAACCUCCUCUUGCUGCACCUCCUCCCCCUGCCAGGGAGACUGCUGCAACCCUGUGUGCUGCACCCCUGUGUGCUGUAAGCCCGUCUGCUGCACCCCUGUCUGCUGCAAGCCCGUCUGCUGCACCUCUGUCUGCUGCAAGCCUGUCUGCUGUGAGGACUCCCCAUGCACAGAAUCCUCCUGCGGCACCUCCUCCCCCUGCCAGGGAGCCUGCUGCACCCCUGUGUGCUGCAAGCCCGUCUGCUGCACCCCUGUGUGCUGCACCCCUGUGUGCUGCAAGCCCGUCUGCUGCACCCCUGUCUGCUGCAAGCCCGUCUGCUGCACCCCUGUGUGCUCCGGGUCCACCCCCUGCUGCCAGCCCAGCCCCUGCUGCAGACCCCCCUCCUCCAUGUCCCUGCUCUGCCGCCCCGUGUGCAAGCCUGCCUGCUGCACCCCUGCCUCCUGCUGCUGCGCCCCUGCCUCCUGCUGCCGCCCGGCCCCCUGCGUGUCCCUGCUCUGCCGCCCCGCGUGCCCCCGCCCCGCCUGCUGCGGCCCCGCCUCGGGCCAGUCCUGCUGCUGA